AUGAAGAAAACCAUUCAAAAUUAUUUGUUUCAGAAUGCUCUCAUGUCUCACGCCUUUGAGUUUGAGAGUCUUCUCACUUCUCACAGCUGUCGCUGCAUUCACGUUCGGCCUUUGAGAGACCAGUCGGAGCCGAUGAACGUCCACUUCUUCACAAAGCUCCUGUCUGUUGUUGAGGUGGACGAUGUCCGGCAGUUGGUCACUAUGAUCUGGACCGUCAGGCUUAUCUGGUAUGACGAGUCUUUAGAAUGGGAUCCGGCCCAAUAUGGAAACAUCAAGACGAUGUUUCUCUAUGAAAACGAAAUAUGGAUGCCACGCUAUUACCAGAUUUUCUCGCCAAACAAUCUGGGAGAUGUCUCGAAGUUGCCAGUGGAUCAUUUCGUGUUUCCAAACGGAUGGGUAGUUUACAGAUCUGUAUUGGCGUAUACAACGUCAUGCUUUCUCGACAUGACCUACUUCCCAUAUGACCUACAAAGCUGUUCCUUUAACUUUGCCGUAUCGGACAGCACAAUGGAUACUAUAAAUCUUAUCUCUAAUGGUUCGUAUCUACAUAAGAGUUUACGUAAUCAUGUGGAGUGGCAGAUGCUCAACACAAGUCAUACGAAUGCCGUGUAUGGUCGUCCUGGAGAACAGUUUAGCGUCAUAGAGGUCAACAUUAACUUCCGACGUCGCCCUACAUACCAUGUGCUAGCUCUUGUCGUGCCCGCGUCUGUAGUCAGUUUCCUGAGUGUGCCGAGUUUCUUGGUGUCCGCGGAGAGUGGAGAGAGGCUGAGUUACUCCCUGACUGUCCUUCUCUCUUUGGCUGUCUACGUGAGCAGCACCAGCAGCCUCAUGCCUCACUCAUCCAUCAAACUGCCUCUCUUAUUGCUCUAUUUGCUCAUACUUUUCUUACUUAGCUCUCUGUGUGUUCUCGUCACCGUCUUCUUCCUCAGGGUCAGACAAGGACGAGUAUACCCAGAUCAAAAUGGAGAUAAAUUUAUCGUCAUUCUCGGCUUCAAGUAUGUCCUGACGCCGUUACCUAGACAAAAAAGAAGCGCAGACAAAGAGAAAUCGAAGAAGACCAAGUAUAUCUCUACAGUUUCCCCUUUGGACAAGCACAUCUCUGAUUCUACUGGAGACGAUAACAUUACUAACCACGAGAAAUAUGAUGUAUGGGCAGAACAUGUGUACCCAAAUCGAGGAACAGAAAUUAAAGAUCCAUUGACAGAGUUCAUAGCACAGAUGAAAUCCACUCCAUCAAAGAAAUCUUCUCACACUGGAUACAGCAAACAAGAAGACAAAACGGUUUCCGUCGAUCCUGACCUCAACGAGCUGUGUCGUUUUGUGGACAAAGUGGCUCUGUACGUCUUUUUAAUCUUUUACUUGUCUGUGACAACAGUUAUGAUGGCGCUUAUUUUCUUCCAAUGA